UUCGGGCGCCAGACGCGGUAUAUGGUAGUAUUCCUGAUUGACGAAACACGAACAAGCAAUUGCAACGAACCGGGAGCGAAUGAAAAAAAGAACCUUCGUCAGAGAAAUGGACGCCAAUAGCAGUUGGAGCACAGUUUUCGCAGUUAUCAAGUUUGUGGUUUGCUUCUUUGGAAUUAUUUUAAAUGGCUUAGUAAUUUUGACAAUUUGCAAGAACCUCCGUCGUUCAUCACCACCAAGCUACCUCAUUCUCAGUAUUGCGGUGAGUGACCUCGUUUCUUGCUCAGUGGCCAUUCCAUUUUCGAUUGCAUUUUACUUCCAGAAGCAAUGGCCGUUUGGUAUGGCUGGAUGUAAAGCUCACGCCUUCAUGAUUUUCCUUCUGGCACUCGUUUCCAUCACCCACUUGGCUGUAAUUUCGAUGGGGAAGUUCCUUACCAUCACUAGAUCUCUUUCCAGAGAUUCAUACUUCAGCAAGAGUACGGUCUUAUGGAUAGUCUUUGGCUCUUGGAUGUAUUCUUUAGUCUUCAGCGUGCCACCGUUAUUAGGUUGGUCAAGAUAUGGGUUGGAAGGAACCAAUGAAUCAUGCUCGAUCAUCUGGGAAUCGAAAGUUCCUAGUGACAAGGCGUAUUUUGGAAUAAUAUUCUUUGCUUGCUACGUUUUACCUAUCACACUUAUUGCAUUUUGCUAUUACAAAAUUCAUAAAGUUUCUAGUCAUGUCGUCGAAACUUCUCUACAAAUAAAUAGGGUGGCCAUGACUAUGUCUGAAGCUCUGUUGAAAAAACAUCGUAAAUCGGCCAUGUACUUUUUAAUUAUCAUAGCAGUUUUCCUUUUCUCGUGGUCUCCUUAUGCCAUCGUAUCCUUCAUGACAAUUUUCGGGGGAAGCGUUGAUGCUGUUGCUACCAGUGCAUGUAGCGUUUUCGCAAAGACAUCAUUCCUAGUCAACCCAAUGCUAUAUGCCAUUGUGUCGCGGAAGUUUCGACGCCGAAUGAUUCAGGCGAUUCCCAUAAACAGACCAAAUCGAGUGGUUGUUCCUGCAGAUGCUUUUCACCUAACGUCUGUAGCACUAGCUCUCUAAGUGCUAUAUUCCUUGACCGAAACCCCGAUUGACUCCUGAUUUGGAAACAAACCGGCUCGAUUGGUAUCACCAGAUGAUCACCAUUCAAUUUACAAGCACUUAUUCUCUAAACAUUAUCUCUUAAGGUACCAUAAUACAUUGGACCAACCAGUGCUGUCGUGACUUCAUUUUUUAUUGUUGACUAAGCAUUCUUAUACAAGGAAAGCAUAAAACUUGCCUAACAUUUCCUAUAGUUUUGCGUGCACUCUGCUACUAUUACACGGUAUUGGGUGUAAUAGUUCGAUUUUUAAAAUUCUCUUUCUGAAAUGUUGAAAAUUAACACGAGAGAACUAGUUUCUGAUAGCAUUUCCUAUUUCAACGUUAGAAAUGUUCCACGAUCAUUGCUUUGCUUAGGUUAAUACAAUGAACGUAUUCCUUUCUCAAAUAUCUUAUUACCUCCUCAAUCCUGAGAAUUGUAAGAUUAAUUUUUGGUGUCCUCAGUAUUUUUUUUAAACGUAAGUAUUGUAAUGGAGGUGUUAUUACUAGUGUUUAGUGUUUUAUUCAGCAAUAAUAAUUGUCAAACAAAAUAGUGCAAUGAAGGCCACUAUUGAAAUGUAGGUGAGAAAGUGUACUGAGAACUGAAAAUAUUAUUCUGUAGAAAUUGUUCAAAUUGUAAUAUUGUAAUAACAGUUUGACUUGACGCCUGUGGACGUUGAAAGCAGAGCAUUUGUAAAACCUUUAAUGAGUAUCAUGGUAUAUUGUCCUUAUUUGUGAUGAGAAAAUUUGCCAUCAGUUUAUCGCUUGAAAAAUUCGCGUCAAAAGUUGUGAGGUUAUCAGAUCGAGGUAACAUAUAGAAAUAACUAUUGUUGGUAUUUGCUUUCGAUGGAUUUUUAUGAUAGAUAAACCUUUGCUUUGUGGGUAUUAAGUCUAGUUUUGAAACCUACCCAUCUCGGAGACUGAAUGGCUCACAUUUUUAUACCACUUCAUAUACUAAGAGUGUUUGGGAACGUUCCAGCGCCCGCCAACCGGGAAGACCAGGAGCUCAAUAAGUUAGUAAAGCCUUACAGGAUUUCUGAUGACGAGUGUGCGAACUAUGACCGUUAACCUUUGGGGAAAGUGGAAUAUAAAGCGUUUUAUUGACAUCA